ACUAAAUUUGUAAAUGUACGGUGUACCCUUAAAGUAUUAGUUCGCAGUCUCAUGAUAAUUCUUUUUUGGCAGAAGAAAUCAACUAUAUAUCUCUCUCACUCAUAACACCUAUCACACUCUCCAUAAUUAUACACAGAUAAAUAAUCAAAUGAAGAUUCAAUGCGAUAUGUGUGAGAAAAAGGAGGCCGCCUUUUACUGCACCGCCGACGAAGCCUCCCUCUGCGAUGGCUGUGACCGCCGCGUCCACCAUGCCAACAAGCUCGCCAACAAACACCCUCGUUUCUCCCUCCAUUCUUCCUCCGAUCAACCCCCUCGCUGCGAUAUCUGCCAGGAGAGAAAAGCGUUUCUGUUCUGCAAAGAAGACCGAGCGAUUCUCUGCAGAGAAUGUGAUAUUUCGAUUCACAGAGCAAACGAACACACAAAACAUCACAAUCGGUUUCUUCUCGCCGGCGUUAAGCUGUCGGAUUCGUCUUCCUUUUACGAUAAUUCAUCGGAUCAAGCUCUGUGUUCUUCCAACUCAAAUGGAUCUAGAGAAGCCGAUAGCAGAAUAAACUCCGUUGUUUCCCAAACUAACAAUUCCACAUCAGUGAACGAUUAUUGUAACGGUGUGAGCCAUGGAGAAGGCGCUUCGAUAGAGGCCCGAAGCAUGUCGGAGUAUUUGAUAGAGACGUUACCUGGGUGGCAUGGUGAAGAGUUCGUCGAUCCUUCUGCUUCCAAUUACGGUUUCUUCUACGAGGGAUAUGACAGCGGUACAUGUACGUUGCCGUUUAUGGCACAUGAUUCUGACAACAAUGGAGAUUUGGGUAACUUAUGGCCAGAUGAUUUGGGUAUUCUGGUAAAUCCAUCAUCCGCCAUGGAUCAUCAGAUAUCAAGGUCAAUGAGAGUGUUCUCCAAUAAAGAUCAACAAACAUUCAACUCUUCAUCCAUCAAGAGACCAAGACAAUUAUGGUAGACUUGGUUCCUUUCUAUUCAAUAAUUUCAUUUCUUUUUCGUUAUGUUAAUGGAAUAUCUGUUAAAAGAAAUUCGAAUUACAGUUUCCGUUCAGUUUUUACGAGAGGGGAACGUGUUUCACAAAUUGAAUUUAUGAAAUUAUGAUAUUUUUUGUUAA